GCGGCGGCGUGAGUCACCGCUCAGCUCGAUCGGGGACGGCGGAUCGGUGCGAUCUUGAGCCAACAUGAGUUUAUUGAGGCUCUCCGAUCUUGAAUGGACUCUUGUGAAACAACAGCUCGAGCUCAUUAUUGACGAGCAAGAGAAGGAGGCACGAGAGUGGGGGUGGACGUUUACGGCGGAUGGUGCUACCGCUCUUGAGGGGGUUGACACUGCCGAGGAUGAGGAGCAGACCCGGGCCUCGAGGCGGAGUGAUAAGGAGGUGCUAGGCGCGGCAGGUUUGCCAUCCCCACCACCUACGACAAACAUUCCCACCAUAUUUUUCCCCGCUGCAGUCGAAAAGGAAGAUCACGAAGCCACUGCCACGCCACCAACCGCAAAGGACACGACAAUGGCGCCUUCCAUCACAAGCAUCAUCACCAUUAUCGAACAUCCAACCCUCAACGGCAAGGCCUUGUCCUCGGCAGAGAUGAUGACGCCAUCAUUAGUAACCGUCGUUGUCGUUCUGAACACAGCAUUACCACCACCACCACCAAUCAUUGAUGUGGUGGAUUCGAAGACUACAAUGAGCUCGGUAGCGUCAGUAGCGUCGUGCGCGUAGGAGGAUAAAUCACAUAUGAAAAG